UUAUUUAGAGCCCAGCAGAGGAAGUGGUAAAGGAAACUUGCUGAGUCGUUUUCUGAGAAGAGACCAUAUUUGUUCGUAGAGGAAGCCGUUUCUUUCUGGGAUCUGGUUGCAGCAGAAAAGACGUUUGCUCCAACAACGUUGUUCCAGAAGGUGCCUGGGGGUUGGAAGAGCCAAGGACACCUCCACACUCUGGAUUUGGGGUUCUCUGUUCAUGGGUGCAGCACCUAUGCUCGGCUUGUGAGCUUCCUUUCGGGAGAGCAGCCAUGGCAUUGAAGAAUGUGCCCUUCCGCUCAGAGGUCCUGGCCUGGGACUCCGACAGCCUUGCAGACUAUUUCAAGAAGCUGAACUUCAGGGACUGUGAAAAGGCCGUGAAAAAGUAUCACAUUGAUGGGCCCCGGUUUUUGAACCUGACAGAAAACGACAUCCAGAAGUUCCCUAAGCUCCGGGUGCCGAUUCUCAGUAAGUUAAGUCAAGAAAUCAACAAGAAUGAAGAGAGGAGAAGCAUUUUCGCACGCAAACCCCAAGUCCAUCGGUUUCCUGAAGAAAUAGAGAGCCACGAGGAAGACAACGGAGGCUGGUCAUCCUUUGAAGAAGAUGACUAUGAAAGUCCCAACGACGAUCAGGAUGAGGAGGACGACGGUGACUACGAGUCCCCCAAUGAGGAGGAAGAGGUGCCUGUGGAAGACGACGCUGAUUACGAGCCACCACCCUCCAACGACGAGGACGCCCUGCAGAACUCCAUCCUGCCCGCCAAGCAAUUCUCCAACUCCAUGUACAUCGACCGGCCCCUCUCCGGGAAAGCCCCACAGCAGCCGCCCGUGCCCCCCCAGAGACCGAUGGCCACCCACCCUCCUCCACCGGCCGGCCGGAGCCACACGCCACUUCCCCCGCCCCAGCCCAACCAGGAAGAGCCUAGCAGAAGUAGAAACCACAAAACAGCAAAACUCCCUGCUCCUUCGAUAGACAGAAGCACGAAACCCCCCCUAGAUCGUUCAUUAGCUCCAUUUGACAGAGAACCCUUCACGCCAGGAAAGAAACCGUUGUUUUCUGACAAGCCCUCGCCCCCGGCAGGAAGGCCUCUCGGGGACCAUUCGUCCAAGAUACAAAAGCCUCCUUUACCGCCAACCAUGGAAAGGCACGACAGAAGUAGCCCCCUGCCAGGGAAGAAGCCACCUGUACCAAAGCAUGGAUGGGGACCAGAGAGAAGAGAGAAUGAUGAAGAUGACGUGCAUCAGAGACCUUUGCCCCAGCCAACACCGCUGUCCAUGAGCUCCAACACUUUCCCUUCGAGAUCUACCAAGCCGUCACCCAAACACCCGCUCCCAUCAUCUCACGGGUCAGGAGUGUUCUCAGAGAGUAACAGUAAUUUUCUGCAGAGCGCCUCCCUGCCGCCAUACUUCUCUCAAGGCACUGGCAGCAGGCUACCUCCCAGAGCUGAAGGCAGGAACUUUUUUUUGCCAGUCCCCAGCAAACCUCGGCCACCAUCUCCUAUGGAAGGAGAGAAUUUAUUAAAUGAAGAGUGGUAUGUUUCUUAUAUUACCCGACCAGAGGCAGAAGCUGCUCUCAGAAAGAUAAACCAGGAUGGCACUUUUCUGGUUAGAGACAGCUCUAAAAAGACAAUAACCAACCCGUAUGUCCUCAUGGUGUUGUACAAAGAUAAAGUUUACAACAUCCAGAUCCGUUAUCAGGAGGAAAGCCAAGUUUACUUGCUGGGAACUGGACUGCGAGGGAAGGAGGACUUUUUGUCUGUGUCAGAUAUUAUCGACUACUUCAGGAAAAUGCCACUUCUGCUCAUCGACGGGAAAAACCGAGGUUCCAGAUACCAAUGUACGUUAACAUAUCCUGCACGUUAUCCCUAGCGAGGAUGCCAGCAAGUGCACCUUCCUCCUGCCUCUGCUGCCCGCGCGGGAAGAUCAGUCAACCUUGGCGACUGGGCAGACACUUAGGACUGAAUCAAACCCCUCGACGUGAGCACGGGGGUUUUGUCCUUUUACUUAAGUGUUUGAAAUGAAGACUGUCAAAUAUCUCAUAAUUUAUUUAUUCUUCUUCAAUGUUUAUAAAGUACAUCAGUAAUAAUAUUCACAUGUGAAGUCUAGCGGUGCACUGCAAUAAUUCAUAUAAAAAUGUGUACCUUUGACGCCCAUUUCAAAGUACAGUAGUUUACACAGCUACAAAAAUUGUUUGGGGGCAAGUUUCAAAACACUUAAUAAUUUUUGC